UACACAUUUUCACAAGAAACAACUGUCGCAAUACACCGCCCCAUAUAUAUAUAUAUAUAAGAUCUUUAUCGAACAAGAACGAGGCUGGGUUAUUUUUUCUUUUGUCAAUUUCAACCCUUUCUGAGAACAUUGCAACUGAUAGUUUCUCCACCUGGUUGGUUCCCUUGGAAACAGAUCAUUUCGAUGCUUGUACCUGACAUUUCAUUUCUUCCUAACUCCGAAUCGCAGCAUUGCACCAUCAUCAAGGGGUCAAACGGCCGAAAUCGAACUCACCUGACAUGCGCACCAAAACGCUGAGAAGCCGAUAUCCCGUUGCCGACGGCGAGGAGCACGACGAGAGUGCACUGACCCCAAAAACCAUGAGACUGGCUGAACCCGCAGCCAGCACUGGCUUGGAUACCGGUGCCGGUACCGGUGGCGAGCUACCGUUCGAGGACAAAGCCGAUGGGGCAAACUCGAGUGACCAAAACGUAGCUGGUUGCGCUAACGACAACACUGCAACACCGGACACUGGGAUUGCAGCGAUCGACAACAGAAUUGCAGCAAUCGAUGCAAGCAUCAAGACACCGUACCCCAACCUUGCAACAGCCUACACCUCUGUUGCAGCAACCUAUUCUAGCGUUGCACCAAACUACACCAGUGUCGCAACAACGGGUGCGAACAUUGCCUCGGGCGACGCCGCUGGCGUUACGACGUCCAUGGCGGCGGCCGUUCCAGAUGUCGACGACAAGAUCUGCCAGAUGUGCGGCAAGAUGCACAACAAGGACGACAUCUUCAAGUACCUGUCGGUGCUUCCGGAAGACGAGCGCUAUAAGUGCCACUACUGCUCGGAGUCGUUUUCGUACAGCUGCCUCUUUGCCGAGCACAUGCGGACGUGUACGCCUGCACAGGGUGCACUCGGAGCCGCGUCACCCGUCAUCGCGCCGCCAGACCCGAUGAAAUGCUGCGGCGGCAGUGGUGGCGGCGGCGGCGGCGGAGUUGGGGUAAACUCGGUCGGGGGUUGCAGUGGUGGUGGCGGGAGUGGUGUUUGCAGUGGUGGUGUUGGUGGUUGUGGUGGCAGUAGCAGUGGUGGUUGCGGUGUUGGUGUUGGUGUUGGUAGUAGUUGUGGUGGUGGUGGUGUUGGUGUCGGUGGUGGGUGCGGCAGGGGGAGAAUGUGCUGCGUGGCUGCUCCCAGUUGCUGCGGAAAUUCCUCCAUGGGUAACACAGUGUGCGUUGCCAACGCAACAGACAUGGCACCGACGCCGCCACCACCGCUGCCGCAACCAAAAAACACACUGAUGCCACCAUCGCAAACAACAACAACAACAACAGCAGCAGCAACCACUGCCAUGGGUUGCAGCGGAUCUCAGAACCUCCACCAUUCGUCAAAGUUGCACCACCACCACCAUCAUCAUCACCACCACCAUCACCACCCGCAUCACCAACAUCACCAGCAUCACCAACACCACCCACACCACCAUCAGCAUCACCAGCACCAGCAUCAUCAACCGCAUCAGUGUCAGCAAAACUCGCGGCGGAUGUACGAUGUGGUCGGCUUCAAGUGCGAGGUGUGCGGCCACGUCCUAGCGAACCACGUGGCACUGAAGAGCCACGUGGAUCGGGAGCACAACGGGAAGGGCCCCACUGAAUGCGAAUUCUGCCUCAAGCGGUGCGCGUCAACCAUCGAUCUGGUGCUGCACAAGAGAAUGCACUCGACGGCCACCACGACCGGCGCAGCCGCCUCCUACAAAUGCCAGUGCUGCGACCGCCAGUUCCACUGCCGGUCACAGCUCGUCGAACACGAAAAGAUCCACACGGGCACUGCGCCAUAUCGGUGCGAGUUCUGCAACCGCGGGUUCUCGUAUCGCUCGAACCUUAUUGUACACAAGCGCGUCCACGACAGUAAGAGAAGUCAUUUCGAGUGUGACCAGUGCGGGCAAACUUUCCAACACGGGGCCCAGCUCACGCGGCACAAGCUGGUGCACACGACGGACAAGCCUCUGGAUUGUCGGCAUUGCGGGAAGCGAUUUGUGAUAUACAGCAAGCUCAUUGAACACAUUAAUCAGUCGCACACUCCCAACACAAGCCGAGUGUAACCGAUUUUUCAACCUGGGCCCCUGUUUUACCCAACCGCUGAUGCAGCACAGAGGCACCGUCACGGUAUAUAUACGACAGCCCUUUUAAGCCAAACCCCUAACUCACACUGAACGAACUUGUCUGUUAUGCACCCUUGACUGCAAUUCAGGUAGAACACAGCCCUUUUAAAUGUGACCCCUGAACUACACACAGCUGCCAUAAAUGCCCACCUAAAAUUCAUACAAAAUGUGGCCCUUUCAAACAAGGACCGUGAACUACAUGUCACACAUGCCUAAUUGAAAGUCAUACAAAAUACGGCCCUUUCAAACAAGGACCGUGAACUACAUGUCACACAUGCCUAAUUGAAAGUCAUACAAAAUAUGGCCCUUUCAAAUAAGGACCCUGAACUACAUGUCACACAUGCCUAAUUGAAAGUCAUACAAAAUAUGGCCCUUUCAAACAAGGACCCUGAACUGCAUGUAUUACAUGCACCCAACUAAAGUUCAUGCAAAAUAUAGCCCUUUUAAACAAGAGCCCUGAACAUCUGUCACACAUGCCCAAUUGAAAGUCAUACAAAAUAAGUCCCUUUCAAACAAGACCCGAACUACAUGUUACAUACACCCCCGAUGAAAAAUCAUUCAUAAGUACCCUUUUAAAAAAGAGGAAAACCUGAUCCCUACCUGUUUAUCAUACAACCCCCAACAACAGUCCAUUCCAAUAUGGCCCUUUCAAAUGAGAUCCCCUGAGCCAAAACUAAUCUGUCACAUGCUCUCAGCUUCAAUUCAUACACAACAACCCUUUCAAACUAAAAUCCCAAAACCCACACGUUUAUUACACACACUCUACACCAAUUCAUAUGCAGGAGCUCUUUUGAAAAAAAUCCCUGAACCACACUUAUCUGUUAUACACACCCAACUGCAAUUCACACACAACAGCCCUUUUAAACCAGACCCCUGAAUAAUAUACAUCUGUCACAAUGCCCCAACUGCAAUUCACACACAACAGCCCUUUUAAACCAGACCCCUGAAUAAUAUACAUCACAAUACUCCAACAGCAAUUCACACACAAGAGCCCUUUUAAACCAGACCCCCUGAAUAAUAUACAUCACAAUACCCCAACUGCAAUUCACACACAACAGCCCUUUUAAACCAGACCCCUGAAUAAUAUACAUGUCACAAUACCCCAACUGCAAUUCACACACAACAGCCCUUUUAAAUCAGACCCCUGAAUAAUAUACAUCUGUCACAAUACCCCAACUGCAAUUCACACACAAGAGCCCUUUUAAACCAGACCUCUUAAUAAUAUACAUCUGUCACAAUGCCCCAACUGCAAUUCACACACAACAGCCCUUUUAAACCAGACCCCUGAAUAAUAUACAUCUGUCACGAUACCCCAACUGCAAUUCACACACAACAGCCCUUUUAAACCAGACCCCUUAAUAAUAUACAUCUGUCACAAUGCCCCAACUGCAAUUCACACACAACAGCCCUUUUAAACCAGACCCCCUGAAUAAUAUAUAUCACAAUACCCCAAGAGCAAUUCACACACAAGAGCCCUUUUAAACCAGACCCCUGAAUAAUAUACAUCUGUCACAAUGCCCCAACUGCAAUUCACACACAACAGCCCUUUUAAACCAGAACCCUGAAUAAUAUACAUC